AUGUCCUUUUCCUCACUGCUACCACCACCAAGGAACUGCAAGGCUGCGUCAAAGGAAGCUUCUUCAAGCAACAGGGAACUUGUUGUCAGAGCGCUCACUGAGAUUGAUGGUGAUCAAGAGGAGGUGGUUCAGCAUAGCAAUGUAAUAAAUUCAGUCGUGGCUUCUAAGCUGAAUUUUCAGGACUUCGUGCCAAUACGGCAGAGAAACUUCAACAUGGAGUUACCGAAGCCUUCUAAGUUAGAGAUAGAAGAGACAUACAAACGCACCAAGAAAGCAUUUGACAAGAUUCUUGCAAGCCUCUCGAAACCAGAUGGCACAGGUGUGAAAAGUUCUACUCAAGUGAAUGCAGAUGCAUAUGAGCUCAAGUAUGACACGUUACAACCUAGCGGAGCAGUACGAUCAAGAUCUCUAAAGAUUGUCGAACAUGCUCAGGAUCCAUUACAACCCUCUCAAGUCAAGGCAGGCAAAGUUGUGGCUCCGCCAGUUGAAGAGCCUUUGGCUCCUAUUUUACACAAAACUGAUUCUACAGAAACUUCUAAUAAGCUUUCCAAAGAGGAGCGGGAGCGGUGGAAUAUACCAGCUGCGAUUUCGAGCUGGAAGAAUCCCAAGGGUUAUACUAUCUCGCUCGAACGAAGAUUGGAUAUGGAUGCAAGAUAUAACAAGCAGCAUACAGGGGCUCAGGAAGUCAACAUGGGGUUUGCAAAACUGUCAAAUGCUUUAGACGUCGCCGAACGUGAAGCUAGACAGGAAAUCAAGUUGAGGGCGGAAGCUAAAAGACAGCUGGCCGACGAAGAGCUGCGGCAGAAGGAACUUAAACUGAAGCUCCUUGCUCAAAAGGCAAGAGAAGAACGUGAAUAUCAAAGAAUGCACCCGCCUUCCAGAAAGCGCCUACUCGAGCAGGGGAAUGAUUUCGCCAAUGAGCGUGAAAUUGCGAGGAAUAGUAGAAGGAUGGAGCUAGACAAGGAUCUCAGAAGAUCGAAAAUGAGUACAGCUGACAGGCUAAGAGAGCUUGCUUACUCUCAGGGUAGAGAUGUUUCUGAGAAAGUGAUUUUAGGAGCCGCGAAAGCAACGGACGCUGCUGGCGACCAAUAUGACUCACGUUUGCUUGCCAAAGGAGCUAGUUCUGGUGCCAGAGUGAAUGAAGGACAACUUUAUGAUCGCCCUCUUUUUGACCAGCAAUUGAGAGACAGCUCUAAUAGGGCGAACUUGGAACAGAUAGAAAGCUUCAUACGACAAGAUAAACGCGACACAAACGGUCCCAUAGAAUUUACGCCAGCUAGCGAAAAUAAUGAAGAACAGAGCAAAGAAUAUGGGCUGCAGAAGAAGUAA